AUGGCUUCUAAGCGGCUUAAAGAAGACCCACCACCCGCCUAUACUUCUGGAGAAGACGAAGAGUCUGAUGAAGAUGCCGUUUCAGAUGAAGAAGUAGAAGAAAAGAAUGAAAAGUCUGAAGAUGAACAAGGUGAAGAAGACGAUGAUGAUGGGGAAGAUGAAGAAGAAGAGGAAGAAAAAUCCCCUGCAAGGAAACCCUCUGUAAACUCAUCAUCUUCUUCUAAGGUCGUCUCCAAACCCCAGACCUCAUCCGGAUCCGAAACUGAAUCCGGGUCCGCCUCUGAGUCCGAAAAGUCCCCUGCUACCCCGUCCGUCUCCGGUUUCACCAUUAAGCCGAUCACUUCCAAGCCAAUGGGAGAGCUGCCCAAGCCCAAGAAGCCCAACAAUAACAGCAACAACCAAUCCACUCCGAUCGCUGUUUCUGGGUCUUUGUCGAAGCGUGCAGCAGAGACCGACCCCAGCAACACAAAGAACCCAAAGAAGAGGAAGGUAUCGUCAUCGUCGGCCACCAACGGCGACGAUGAGGAUUCGAAGAAGCCACCCGGAACCUUACAACGGCUGUGGAGCGAGGAGGACGAGCUCGCCGUUCUCAAGGGCAUGAUCGAGUACGAGUCCAAGAAAGGGUCGAAUUCGUACGCAGACAUGGGUGCGCUCCACGAGUUCAUGAAGAGAAAACUCCACGUGGAGGUCUCCAAGGCCCAGUUGAUGGAAAAGAUUCGGAGGAUGAAGAAGAAAUACCGGACCAACUUCGAGAAAGGUGGCGAGGACAUGGUUUUCUCUAAGCCCCACGAGCACAAGGCCUUCGAGCUUUCCAAGAAGAUUUGGGGCAAUGUGGCUAACAACAAAAAUGAGCCAUCUAGCAAUCAAAAAGGCAAAGCUAAUAACGGCACUUCAGUGGCAUUGGCAUUACCAAAGCAAGAAGUGGCUAUUGGGGGAAAGGAGGAAUUGGGUAAUGGGGAGACGAAGGGUGAUGAAAAAACGGAAAACUUUGGGAUGAGUUAUCCAUGUUUGAAUGCUGCAUUGGAGACGAUGGCAGGUACGGGUUGUUUGGGGUUUGGGAAGAGUUAUACGAGGGAUUUCAUGGUGGACAUUGGAAACGCCAAAGCGAUGGAGUUGGAGAACAAGGGCAGGAAGGUGAGGGAGGCUGAGUUGGAGGCGUAUGUGAAGAAAACGGAGUUUCUUCACGAGCUAAGUAAGCUUAAGUUAGAGAUAAUGAAAAAGAGGGCUUAA